CGAGGAAGCAGAAGGAGAAGCUGCUGAUGUCGUUCCUGCUGCACUUCAGCGACUACGUACUCGGCGGCAGCUCGCCGACCGACGACAGCGUCGACAAGCUGCACCGCAAGUACACCAUCCUGGUUCUGCUCUUCCUGUCUCUGCCUCUGGUCACCAAGCAAUUCGCAGGUGAUCCGAUCGAAUGUUUCACGCCAACCUAUUUCACCGAGGCUCAAACGAGAUACGUCAACUCAUACUGCUGGACGUCCAGCACAUACUACCUGGCGCCGCGCGCCAGCCCGCCGGCCAGGGGUCCCGGGUCCGUGUCUCGCCCGAGGGCACCUCUGCGCCCGACCAGGGUCGGUCCAUACGGCCACACGAGGGAUGGCGAAACUCGCGACAAGGUGUUUAUAUCGUACUACCAGUGGGCGCCGAUUAUCCUCAUGCUGGAGGCCGUCUGCUUUUACAUACCGUUUUCGGUCUGGACGUCGGUGGCAUCCCGCUCCGGCGUGCGACUUCACCGUCUUCUGAAACGGGUAGCAGUCAUCUGUCAGUUCACCCCAGGCCACCCAGACCGGGAGUCGCUGAUCGUGGAGUUCUGCGAGCAGCUGAACACGCUGCUUGGCGUGGCCACGGUGUGCACCGGCUCACGCUCCUGCCGUUUGAGCCAGCAGAACGGCUACCUGUUAGCCCUCUACUUCAUGACGAAGUUGCUCUACGUGGCCAACAUCUUCCUGCAGUUCUUCAUGCUCUCCACUUUCCUCGGCUCGGCUUACAUCGCGCAUGGUUUCCAAGUGCUGCGGACGUACCUGUCUAACAGGAACUGGUACACGUCCACCCUGUUUCCGCUGCACACACUCUGCCAGGUGUCGGCUGCCAACCAGGGCGCCCUGGAGCACUACACGUGCCAGUGUGUGCUGCCCAUCAACCUGUUCAACGAGAAGAUCUUCGGCGUGCUCUGGUUCUACGUGGCCGCCCUGCUGCCGCUGACCGUGUACAGCACGCUCAUCUGGCUGUUCCGCUCCUCCAUGACCUCCCGGCGUAGUUUCGUCAGGUACUACCUGUGGCGCACGGGUCGCAUGGACGGGGAGCGGCUGGAUCGCACCUGCCGUAACCUGCUGACCUACCUCGGCUACGACGGCCUGCUCAUCCUGCGACUCAUCGAGCUGAACCACGGCACGGCCAUCCUCACGCUGAUCGUGGACAAGCUGACCGAGUUCCACGACCUGCUGGAGGUCACCGGCCGGCCGGAGGAGGGCGUCUACACCGCCUCCUCCUACCUCUCGCUCUCCACCACGCGUCUGCUCAGCUACUCCGGGCAGCGCAACCUGGUGGCCGACGUGUGCAACAUCUCGCCGGAGGGUCAGCGUGCCUGGGGCGGCAGGUCACGCUGUGACCUGACCCGGUCAAGGUCGGACCUGGGCGUGACGGGCGACCAGAGCCCGGAGAUCGGGCGGGUGGAGCCGCCGCGGAAGAGGGCCACCGUGCGCGCGGCGAGCAGGCUGAACAAGCGGAAAAACUUCAUGUUCUUCCGGUAGGGCGGUGGUGGCGGGCGGCGGAGGCGCGGAAACGAGCGCUGAGGCGAGGGGAGGAGUGGAAGAGGAAGUGGCGGUUGGAGUAAAUAAGGUGAUGAAUGCCGUGGAAACGUGGAAACGCUUGUUGAAGAAGAGGGGGCGAGGCUGUAGUGCGAUGGGGUGUUGGAGGCAUGGUGUGUUUGGAUGGCUGGUUGUGAUACUGCUUGGUGGAUCUGAGAGUGCGCUAUUGCUCGUCCUCAGUGUGUUAAAUACGUACCGUCAGAGGGUUAGCUUGCAGGACUAUGGCCAGUGCGUCACCAUAGGAGGUUCAGGUGCUACUGCUCCUUUGGAGUUUAGCGCGCGCCUGAGUGGUCAGGUGAAUGCGGCACGCUCGGGUUGGGUUCAUUUAAUCCCACUGAGAUCUCAAAACCUACGAGAGCUAGAAACAAAAAAUUCAAGGGACAGGUAGGCCUGUAUAUAAGCUCGCUUGUGUAAGAUUUUGAGGUUCCUAGAUUUUUCUUGAAUCGAAUAAGGUCAAACAAUGCCAAACUCCAGAGUGGUAUGCGAAGUGCCCUCAACCCUCAUCGUGCAGCUACCUCUAACCGAGAUAGCCCUUCUACACAAAACAUCGCAAGUAUUCAUCUCAGGUCAGCGACCUUAUUUGACCUCCAGAAGGUCGCAGCGGCCAAAUACACUCGAGAUUGUUUCGGUAUUUGAAGUUAGAUAGGAGUCAAUAACUGCGCCGGCUAUCGCAUGUUUCUCAAAUAACACGGAAGAUCGGAGUUAUUCUCGAACAGUGACCCCUUCUGAUCUUUGAUGAGUG